CAGUUCCCAGCGGCCAUUGCGCCCACUUCUACCGCAAACAAAGAAUUUCAAACCAGUAUACAACUCGAGGGGCCUUCCUAACGAGAAAACUAGCUUAAUAUUAUUUACAAAAUAGCGCAGUUUAAUAAAAGAUCUAUGUUAGCGACAAGCAUAACCGCAAAAACUAAAAACUAAGUCGUACUUAGUUUUUAAUCCUCGCGUGAUUUCAGGCUUCCGGAAGUUGGAAUGGCAUGAGAAAGAGAGCUGUCCGAGGUGCUGACACUGUGAGUGGCGCUUGUCCUGCUUCAGAUCAUUUAUGGUACUGGUAGACUAUAUUUCACCUGUGUAGCUAUAUUUAUAUAUGCCUGACUUUCAACAGCGAUUCAUUACCUGAGAAUUUUGGAAGAUGGAUGAAAAUCAAGAGUCAUCCUCAUGUAUCACCAACGCCCACAACUCCAGCAGCAGCCCUCCCAGUAGCCAGCCUGGCACUGCUCCACAAUGCAACGGGGUCCCAGAGCACCGGACCCUGCUGCGGGUGUCUGAGUCCCACGGACUGCAGCUCUUGGGCGUGCUCAGAUCGUUGAGGGAGCGAGGCUUGCUGUUUGAUUUCACCAUUAAGGUCCAGGAACGCAGUUUUCCCUGCCAUCGUUGUGUUCUUGCAGCAUGCAGUGAUUUCUUCAGAGCUAUGUUCGAGGUGGAUAUGCGAGAGCGUGGUGAUGGUUCGGUGACUCUUGGAAACCAGUGUCCGGCGGCGGUGGUUUCUUUCCUGGACUUUGCCUACUCUGGGGAGGCACUCAUCACUGAAAGCAAUGUAGACAUGCUGUUUCAGCUUGCCUCCUUUCUGCAGGUAUCAGUCCUGUCCAAGGCCUGCAGUGACUUCCUGAUAGGAACAAUGGAUCUUUCUAACUGUCUGUCCCUCUUGUCCGUCGCUGAGGCCUACGGCUCAGCCUCCCUCCUCCAAAGUGCCAAUGAUUUUGUGGUUCAGAACUUUGCUGACCUUUCCAAAACCCAGGAUUUCCUGGAUAUGCAGUUAGAUGUGUUGGAGGCAUGCCUAAGGUCAGACGCUUUAAACGUGCCCAGCGAGGAGGCAGUGGUGAAGUCACUUCUUCGGUGGAUACAGUAUGAUCUCCCGGGACGACAGAAGUUGUUGCCAGGAUUGUUAUCUCUAACCAGACUGCACCAUCUACCUGCACCUGUGCUAAAGACUCUGCCUGAUUCAGACUCUCUUCUCUGUGAUGACGAGUCCUGUCUCGCCCUGCUGUCAGAGGCCCAGAGCAGACAGACCCAAUACAGCGGCCUGCUUGCUGACGCAAGGCCAGCCACUGCGCAGAGCUACAUCUACAUCCACAAGACAGAGGAGAACGGAGAGAUCCGCCACACCUUCUGCUACUGUCUGGAAACAGACCAGUGGAAAGAGCUGUCAGCGGGGCCAGAGGAUGGGACACCCACGUUGCCAGACUCACCGGGAUCAUAUCUGACCAGCUAUGCAGAGAAGAUGUUUGUCACAGGUGGGUGCCGUGGAAACUGUUGCCGGGCGAUACGUCUACAUGUGGCGGAGCCAUUCCAUGAUGCCACCGAUGAGGUUUGGUGCUUCUGUCCUGUGUCCCUAACCUGUACACCUGCCCCUGCCAUGCUAAAGCCCCGCACCAUGCACAUAGCGGUGACCUGCCUGGACCGAGUGUAUGUCAUUGGGGGACGGACCAAGGGAACCAGAGGAGGAGCUCCUAAUCUGUUGGAGGUGGAAUAUUAUAACCCACUGACCCAGACCUGGUGCUCAGUCAGCCCGCUGCCCACCGCCAUCUUCUACCCUGAGGCCAGCGCUUGUGGCAGUGUUAUCUACACCCUUGGGUCAGAGGUGGAAAUCACAGACUCCUUCAACCCCUCACUGGACUGUUUCUUCCGCUAUGAUGCCCAGCAGGACCAGUGGAGCCGCCUGGUGGCAGAGUUCGGCCAGUUCUUCCACGCUACGCUGGUCAAAGCGGUGUCAAUUCAUAAUACGCUGCACCUCUGCGACCUGUCCACUUAUAAGGUGUACAGUUUCUGUCCAGAGACCUGUGUGUGGAAGGGUGAGGGGUCAUUUGAGUGUGCUGGGUUCAAUGCUGGAGCAGUUGGUAUGAGAGACAGAAUCUACAUCCUGGGUGGAGAUUAUUCCCCUGACGAGAUCACUGAUGAAGUUCAGGUGUACUACAGUGGUAGGAGUCGAUGGGAGGAAGUGGCGCCCAUGCCCAGAGCGCUAACUGAGUUCCACUGCCAACUCAUCAGCUUCAACAGAUAUAGGGACCCGUGGGGCGGUGCAGCAUGAUAUACCGCAGACACACAACCAGGCACGACCGCACACCAAACAUGCGAGCGGAUGUAUGUGUGUGUCGCGUGACGUAAGCAACCACCUACGAUGAGUGUCCCUUGCCUUUCAAACCCGUACGCAUGAUGGACAGCUAACAUCUCAAGAGAGAAUGACAAUCAAAAGUUUGUCUUCAACUAACAUUACAUCGUCUCUUACAGAUCGUCGUAACACGAGAGCACCUGAGCCAGAUUAUUUUUUUAUUUUUUUAUUUAAAGAUUUGAUCCUUAAAAUUAUAUGUAUGUAUGUGUGAAACACCUGCUGUCAUUGGCUCUUUGUUGUGUCAAUCUAAAUAUGGUCCCUCCCAUGGAGGAACCCUAUUGAGCUGAAGACUAUUUUACAAAUCCUAUUUUACUAUCUUAAUAUUUUUUUUGUCUAAUAUGUUUCAAAUGGAGAAUCCACUCAUAGAAGAACCCACAGCAUCUAUAAAUUACCAGCUCUCUUACAGCUAGACUAGAGAAAAGACUAUAUUAUGUAAUUAUUAUAUGAUGCAUUUCAGGCUCCAUAUACUGUACAUAUCCUAAACAAAGAAUUCAGCUUACUAGACUUUUCCUGAAUUUUGUGAUUUUAAUGCCUGGAAGGAUUAAAUUAUUUUGCUCUGGCAACAGUACACAAAGUCAUGAAGGGAUCUAAAGGCACUUUGCCAUUUAAGGAAGAUUCAUGAGGUGAAUGUAUAGUGGAGUAUUUGAAAGCCCUUUCAGCUAAAUGUGUUUAAUUUGAUGGUAAUGGUUAGAAAAGACACAUUAUUUAGUGGUCAUGUAUGCUGGCUUUUCCAUAUUAUUUUCCUGAUGUUCCUCACUUAAUUAUUUUUUUCUAACUGAUAGAGAGCUGCUCAUGUAUAUUACACUAUUUGAAAUUAGUUUUAAUUAAAAUAGUUUCAUAAUGCUAUAAUACACAAUACUGUGUAAAUUAUCUGGGUGGAUUUUCAAUUUAAAAAUUCGCCUUUGUUCUGUUUCAUACUGUCAUGUAUCCAUGCAUGCCCUAUUUCUCCUCUCUUCUUCAGAUCUUCUUCAGUGAAUGCUUGUUUGAUGCAAAUGUGCAGCUUUAUCCGUACCUGUCUAUCAUAGAAACACUCUGUAGCUUCGACGAAUGCAAUAACCCAAAGUUUCAAGAACCACACGGAGAAAAUAAUGGGCUUCAUGGUGUAAAUCAUGAAUGCACAAUAGGUUUGUGUUGUGAAAAAGAAAAAGAAUCCAACAAAUGACAGACUGCUUCAUGGCAAGAAGUGAACAUAAACAUAAUGCUUCAUUA